CUUUGCUGUGCGCUUCACUGGAAAUUGCUACAUUGGUACAUGUGAUGAUUUGUUAGGGCACGUCAUCAGACCGCUUGCUUGCUUGUUGCCUAUUUGAACGGAUUGGAGCUGUCAGUUCAGUACAUAAAAAAAGAAAAGAAAAACUAAGAAAAUCAAACAAAGGUUAACCAACAGAAAGAGAACCGGCAGCAUUCGCUCUCUCAUACGUUUAGCAUAGGCUACGGUUCGAGCUGUUUGUUUGAGCAAUUUGAGGGUAACAACAGCGAACGGAACAUGGCUGGUGUGAUGACAGGUUUUGGUAACUUCACUCACGCCGUUGUUCGAGCUAUCCCCUCAUCCCUUGCUAAAGAGGCACUGAGGAUGAACGUUUUGGACGUGGACCUGGUGAAAGCUCAGCAGGAGCAUGAGGUAUAUGUUGGGGUUCUGAAGCACAAACUCGGGCUGCAGGUGAUAGAACUCCCCGCCGAUGAGUCACUCCCGGACUGUGUGUUCGUGGAGGAUGCCGCUGUGGUUUGCGGUGACACCGCUCUGAUCACCAGACCCGGGGCAGAGAGCAGAAGGAAAGAGACGGAGGCCAUGCGGCGAGCUCUGAAGGAGCUGGACCUAAACAUUGUUGAGAUGUCAGAUGAGAACGCCACUUUGGACGGAGGAGACGUCCUCUUUACAGGUAGAGAGUUUUUUGUGGGGCUUUCCAAACGCACCAAUCAGAAAGGAGCAGAGAUCCUGGCCGAUGUGUUCAAGGACUAUGCUGUAUCCACUGUCCCUGUCACUGAUGGUCUACACCUGAAGAGCUUUUGCAGCAUGGGAGGACCAGGCCUCAUCGUGAUUGGCUCCAGCGAACCGGCUCAGAAAGCCCUGAAGAUCAUGCAGCAGAUGAGUGACCAUCGCUACAACAAGCUGACAGUGCCUGAUGACAUUGCGGCCAACACCAUCUACAUGAACCUCCCCAGCAAAGGCCAUGUACUGCUACACUGCACCCCAGAGGAGUUCCCAGAGAGUGCCAAAGUGUUUGAGAAGCUGAAGGACCACAUGUUGAUCCCAGUGUCGAACAUGGAGAAGGUCAAGGUGGACGGAGCCCUCACCUGCUGCUCCGUUCUCAUCAACAAGAAGGCCAAAGUCUGAUCUGAGCAUGCUCCGUUAGGGGUCUCUCGGGCAGACCUGGGUUCAAAUACUAUACUUGAAAUCUUUCACAUACUUUGAAGUGCCAGGAGAGCGGGGUUUGCAAUUUUGGGACUAUACUAUUGGGCCAUUAUUAAGCCAGGCAAGCUUAAUCAAGCACAGACAAUGUAUUUAACAUGAUUCUGAAUAGUAUUUGAACCCAGGUAUGCUCUCAGGGCAGGGUCGGGCCCACUGCUGCACCCUUGCCCGAAACAAGUCUGUUUCUGCUGUGUUACCCCACGAUAACAGAAUGUUAUCCAGGCUACACCCCCCCCCCCCC